UAGCGGGCGUCGCGGUGCUCAAGAUGUGUUCAGAUGCAUAGGUAGUAUUUUUCAUUCACGUGUUAUGGAAGCUAUCGCUUUUUUAUCGUGCAACUAAUUUUCGCUGGCGGCAUUACUUUUUUUUUAAAAUAUUCUGGUGUACACCCAUUUGACAUGAUUAAUGAACGUCUACUUAUGAGAAACUUAUACCAUUAGAUACACAACGCGUGGAAAUUGACGGAGCACAAUGCGGAUAUGACGUGACCAUGAAAGUAUGAAGAGCCUAGUGGGGAUCAUGUGGAUCGUCCUAGUGCUCAUAUCAGGAUCUUCGGGUAAUCCAGAUGCCAAACGUCUCUACGAUGACCUCUUAUCAAAUUAUAAUAAAUUAGUACGACCCGUUGUCAACGUUACCGACGCACUUACUGUUAAAAUUAAACUCAAGUUAUCACAACUCAUCGAUGUUAACCUUAAGAAUCAGAUCAUGACAACGAACCUCUGGGUCGAGCAGUCGUGGUUCGAUUAUAAGCUGAAAUGGGACCCAAAAGAGUACGGAGGAGUUGAAAUGUUACACGUUCCAUCUGAUCACAUAUGGAGACCCGAUAUAGUGCUUUAUAAUAAUGCCGAUGGCAAUUUCGAAGUGACAUUAGCAACGAAAGCAACUUUAAAUUUUACUGGUCGUGUCGAAUGGAAGCCUCCUGCCAUUUACAAGUCCUCUUGUGAAAUUGACGUAGAGUAUUUUCCAUUUGAUGAACAGACUUGUGUGAUGAAGUUUGGUUCGUGGACCUACGAUGGAUUUCAGGUAGAUUUACGACAUGUAGAUGAAGUCACAGGAUCAAACGUAGUGAAUUUGGGUGUGGAUCUAAGGGAUUUUUAUAAAUCAGUGGAGUGGGACAUUUUAGAGGUUCCAGCAGUCAGAAACGAAAAAUUCUACACGUGCUGUGAUGAACCAUAUUUGGAUAUUACGUUUAAUAUUACAAUGCGAAGAAAAACAUUAUUUUAUACUGUAAAUCUCAUCAUCCCUUGUAUGGGCAUCUCCUUCCUCACCGUACUUGUGUUCUACUUACCCUCCGACAGUGGAGAAAAGGUUAGCUUAUCAAUAUCCAUCCUGUUGUCGCUCACCGUGUUCUUCCUACUGCUAGCCGAAAUUAUUCCUCCCACCUCACUAGUGGUUCCACUUCUCGGAAAGUUUGUGUUAUUUACUAUGAUUUUAGACACAUUUAGUAUAUGUGUGACCGUUGUCGUGCUCAAUGUACACUUUCGCUCCCCUCAGACACACACAAUGGCGCCAUGGGUGCGUCGAGUUUUUAUACACAUUCUUCCUAGGCUUUUAGUAAUGCGUAGACCACACUAUCAAAUCGAGAGGAGAAAGUAUCAAUCUCAGAGGGUAAUGGUCAGAACUUGCAACGGUUUAGAAUUACGAGACGCCAGUUUUUACGGCGAGUCGAUAGAGUUUCUUGAAGAUCCCGGGAGUCUAUUUCCCAGUGCUAGCUCGAGAGAUGAACUGACACCGAGAGAACUAGAGGCAUCGACGUUGAGCGCUUGUCGUAUUCAUGGGACCACUCCACCUCCAUUCGGUGCAAAUUUAAUUGACGAUUUAGGCAGUAAAUUAGGACAAGAUCUUCUAGAGGAAGCUCUUUGUCGCGGUUCGCAUGUUUGGCAUCACUGUCCGGAGGUACAUAAGGCAAUAGAUGGUGUCAGAUUUAUUGCGGAUCACACGAAGAGGGAAGAGGAUUCUACUAGGGUAAAGGAAGAUUGGAAGUACGUAGCGAUGGUGUUAGACAGACUAUUUUUAUGGAUCUUCACACUUGCUGUACUCGUUGGGACAGCAGGAAUUAUUUUACAAGCACCAACACUUUACGAUGACCGCAUGCCCAUUGAUGUGCAGUUAUCCGAAAUUGAAUCGAAGACCAUUAAACCACACUUAACUCGAAUGCUCUAGAACCUAGUGUUGUUAUACCAAAAAUAUUAUAACGUUACCGAAUUUUUCGUUAAAAGUAAUGCGUAAGAUAAAUAAAUAAUGUAUACUUAUGUUAAUAUAAAAGUCGUCAACUUCGA